AGCUCAAUUCAGAUGCAUCAAACUCGUCGAAACGAUUGGUACCAAAACUUACAAGCAAAUACAACAAAAUGGCAAAGAUUUCAGUUUCACUAGUUUUGGGCGUUUGUUUGGCGCUGCAGCUCGCCACCGCCUUUCCGCAUCAAAAGCCCUCAACCGCCAUUCAGGAGGACGACAUCAAAUUAAAGGAAUUGCAAAUCACAGAUGAAUCGAAAUCCACGGAAACCGAUUUUCGUACAUUACUCCGGCCAGUGGCUUCUGAUAUACUGGCCACUUUAACAGACUUUCCAAAUUUAUUAAUACGGGAAACGCCAACUUUUCUUGAAGACCUACUAGUCGAACUGAAUGCAUUGCCUGAGAAAAAUGAUUAUGUCCAAGAACUUAUUCCCAGAUUAACGCAAUUGUUGGAACGCAUUGAAAAACUCGACUUAGAUGACGAUUCCAUUUCUGGACUAGGUCAAAAGGAAAUAAUUUUAAAAGAAAUUACUAAACUGUAUGAGGAUUUUGUGGACGUAGCGCAGAUCGAAGAUGAAAGCAGUGAAACAGCUGUGGUGAAGAAAAUAUUUGAUAAAUUGGAUUGGGAUAGACUCAUUGAUCGUGCUGAAAAUUCGAUGAAGCAGGCAGUGGAAACAUAUACGAAAGUUUUCGAGGAUUUCUGGAACUCGCUCAGUGAAGCACAAAGGGAAGAGCAUCCGGAUAUGAGUGAUUGGUAUGAGCGUUUUCAAGCUAAAGAAACAACUCAAGAGAAAUACAGAGCUUUUGUAGAGUUUCUCCAAAUUCUCAAAAACACACUUAUUAAGGAUAAAAAUUGAUUCAUAUUUUUUCAAUGGUUCAUAAUUUGAUACAAAUAUUGCGUAGGACUUUAAAGCCUUGCAAUUUAAAUGUAUUGGGAAAUUAAAAAUAAAAAUAAAAAUACAAAUAAAA